AUGCUUUUAUACAAGCACGACGAUGACCUAAGACAGGAGGCUUUUGCCGUCCAAUUUAUUCGAACUUGCGACCGAAUUUUGAAAGCUUCUGGUCUUGACAUGAAGUUACUGACUUUUGAGUGCAUUCCUGUCGGCACUAAUCGUGGAUUUGUGGAAUGGGUUCCUGGCAGCAUCGCGCUCACAACAGCUCGUUUUGCGAGCAACCCUAUUCAAGAAUACCUCCGAGGAGUAGCAUACGACAAGACAGCUCCCUAUUUUGUGUGUCGUGAUGUGAUGGACCGAUACAUCAAGAGUUGUGCAGGCUACUGUGUUAUUACCUACAUUCUUGGGGUCGGCGACCGACACCUGGACAAC